UCACAAUAGCAUAUCACACUCUUUUUACGCUUAUAAGUCAACUUUGUUUAAAUUUUAGUAACAAUUUUGAGUACACUCUUGCAUUUUAUUACCUAACCUUCAGAGAGACUGCUGCACUUUGGCAACGCGAAAAGCAUUGAGGUAAACGGAAACGAAAGUGAAAAUAAACGGAAGAAUUCGUGGCUACUGCAUCAUUCACCCGUCUGAGCUAGCUGCCCGUCGCUGUAUAUGUCAGGUCCAUCAGGGCCACUAAAUGCAAUAUAACGCUAUUUAAUGUGCUCAGAUUGUUCCCUGUGUAACGCGUGAAAAAGAAAUGACAUCACGUGGCACAGCUAGCGUUCUUUCGUGUCGAACUGGGAGCAACACGGAAGCACUGGAACGAGAGCUGCCGAAGCAGCUCUUGAUACGACGUCGAGGAGCAGCGCCGCGCGCAAUCAGCCGCCGCCUCCGGCAGUUCAGAUGCUGAUAAGAUGGGCAGGACUACGGCGCCCCAUCGGUUUCUCGUUUUGUAAAGUGAUGAUCGGACCCUCGCAAGCAAGCGGCAUCACUCGCAGUGUGGCAGCCGUAUCCUUGGCUGCGCUGCUUCUCUGCUUGUUCGAUGUCGUUUCCGCAUCAACGGGGGAUCAGAGUGCCGAGUACAAGUCGUGUCUACGACGAUGCCGCGGCAUCAACUGUACGCAGGAGAAGCAAACCACCUUUCGCUCGGGUCAAGCGUGGUAUUUGGCUCUUCUGCUCUGGGACUGCGCUGAUGAGUGCCGUCACGAGUGCAUGUGGCAUGCUGUGGACGUGCUCCAGGCUAACGGCAAGCCCGUGCCCCAGUUUCACGGAAAAUGGCCAUUUCGGAGGUUCUACGGCAUCCAGGAGCCAGCUUCAGUUAUCUUUUCUAUCCUGAAUGGCAUCUGCCACUUGUGGAUGUGGCGCAAGUUCAGGAGGCUUGUACCAUCUUCAGCUCCCUUUUAUGUCAUCUGGAAAGGGCAGGCAGUGUUAUCGAUUAAUGCCUGGUUCUGGUCUGCUGUCUUUCAUGCUAGGGACACUCCACUUACUGAGAAGCUUGAUUACUACUGUGCCUUUUCUGUGGUGCUCUACUCGCUCUACAGUUUAUGUAUGAGAGUUCUUGGAACAAAAAACAUGUGGCUGUCCAUCUCGGUGACCAUGCCUUUUGCGGCCUUCUUUGUCUACCAUAUCCAGUACUUAAACUUUGUGCAUUUUGACUAUGGAUACAACAUGAAAGCCAAUGUGAUUACAGGUCUGCUCAACUCAAUUGGUUGGCUGGGCUGGUGCUGGCAUCAUAGGAAGCGCGGCUAUGUGUGGAGGGGCACCAUUGUUGUGUUCAUGCUAGACGCUCUGCUCUUGCUGGAGCUGGGUGACUUCCCUCCGUGGCGUUUCCUGGUUGAUGCCCAUGCCCUUUGGCAUCUGGGCACGGCUCCACUGCCUCUCCUGUGGUACAGGUUUUUGAUUGAUGACAGCCUCUAUGAACUGCACAAGAAGCAAAAUGCUGGAAAGGCUACAAAUGGGUUGCGUCACUGGUUCUUCCUGGGCGAUGAGAGCAUAAAGAAAACACCAAAAGAUGUUCAAGGUUGCAGUGAAAUGUUCACUGCAGGCCAGUGCACAUCUUGCCAGAGCCAUGAAGAGUUUCUUAUGAAGGCCAAGGUUCAAGUUACACAGAAUGGCAAUAUUAUUGGAGAAGACUGCCAGAAGUGCGUUUGACCAGCUCGGCUAAUGGCGUGGCACCCAUUCAACAACACUGCCUUGUUCAUGUCCUUUUUCUUCUUUGUUGUGGUGUGAGUGCAAAAGGAGGUACCAGAAAAGAAGCAAGUUAAUUGUUGCAUGUUGUACUGGGGCUGUUGUUGAAACUUUGUAGUAAUGUUUCAAAUCUUUUUUUUCUUUUUUCCUUUUUGUCUACGUCAGAAAAGAGGGCAAGGAGAAGUUAGUAAAGGCUACAUAUGUUACAGCUAAGUGCUGUUCUUCUUCCAAUGUGUGGAUGUGUACCAGACAAAUUAUGUUAGCUACUUUGGUACUACAGCCGUCAAGGAUCAAGAACGCACCUCUUGUAAGCUGAGUGUGGACUUUGCUUACUUGAAAUCAGUUUUGCUUUGUGCCUCAUGAAGAGUACACAAUGUUUCAUGUUUGUUGGCUCCUGCGAGCUCUUGACCUAAAAAUGGAGCACUGGUUACACAUACCGCAUCAAAACUUAUUACACUGAUAAAUUAAUUAGAGAAGGCACACUUAAUCUGUUUUAGCAGCAUAGCAGCCAUGCUGCGUUAAAAUAUACACUUGCACUUUCCCAGUUUUUAUACAUACAUGAAGUACAGCACUCAUAAAUUUAAACGUAAACUGCAAUGAAGGCUUUUUACACAUAAUUACAUGAAAGUGCAUGUGUAGUAGCUGUGUAGCCGGUUUCUAAGGAUCGAGUAGUCCCGAGUAUAUGUUUUGGAGUCUGUGUUAAGCCGAUGUUACAAAUACAGGUAAAACUAGAAACAAAAUUAUGCACUGGAGUAGUUCCACAAUUGUUUGCAUUUGAACUUAUGAACACUAAAUGCUCAGAGAUAUCAUUGCUUACUUUCUGGCAUUACUUUUUCCAAGUCUGAAUUAUAGAAAUCCGGGCUGGAUACUUUAAAGGAUUUGUUUUCUUAAGCAUUGGCGGCAGUGAUUAUUUUAAAAUAUUGCUUUUUAAAGAUUGUUAAAGGUGGAUUCAUAGCCAUUUUGCACUUGAAGUAAUUUGCACAUGUAGUUUUACUUCUCACUUCAACAUUUCUGGUUUGGAUACAGUUGUUUUUCAGUUUAAGAUUGUGAAUUGCUGCUGCUGGUCUAAGCAAGAACUAUGUAACCCUUAUUGCUUUCCCUUAUUGCCACAUCCUGACGAAAUGCAUUGACCACUUAGCAGCUAGUCAUUGCAGAAAAGCAGCACCUUUUCCUUUUCUUACACUAUUGACAAAGUGGUUUACUAAACAGGGAAUAGCUGCUUUGCUGACCACUGUAGAUUUCACUUAUGAAACCAAGACAAUCGAUUUAAUUUCUUACCCGAAGAAUGAAACAUACUAAAAACAAGUUGCAAAUGAUCCCCGUGAAAGUGUAGUAAUGCACUGUACAGUUAAACAGUAACCAGGAACCAAUAUGUAGUAGUGCCAACACUUUUUUAUACCUAUUUAUGCAAGAAACACCCUGAGCUUAGCUGUUAUACUCAGUAAAAUUUUGAAGUAUAGUGAUUUAUUUGGGUAUAUGUAAUUAAAAAGUGACCACAGUUUCAAAAAAAAAAAGACAGCAUAUUGUGCAUUCAGUCAUAGCAGUUUGCAAUUCAGUAGUAAUAUAGAGUGCUUUCCAAUAUUUAAGCAAUGGCGGAUUCAGUCGGCAUACUUCAGACACUCCAGUAAUUAACUGCAGCCAUAUGUUCCGCAAUAACCAAACAGGUUUACGUCUUUGCGCAGAUUAGCCAGCCAUAUUACUGUCUAAACAGCCACACGCAACUUGUAACAUGUGAAUGGUCAGCGUCGUGCAACACAAGUUUGUUGUGCUUUGAUGUGCUGUAGAUCUGGAAGCUUAUGUCAUGCUGAGCGAGUAGUAAAUCUUAAAUGUUUAGCCAACUACCUCUAAAUUUUACUUUCUUGUGGAAUCUGCCUCAAGGUGUGCACAUUAAAUAUUGCCUCGUAAUUAAUGUUGGUGCAGCUGACAAGGGAUGUCUGAAUCGGGAAAUGACAGUGUCACAAUUGUUGGCUACAAACCAUUAUUUUUUUUUACAGUAAUGUUUUAUGCCUGAAAGCAAAUAUGUUGUGCUUCAGUCAUGGCUUAACGUGCUUCAAAACCAUUCAGCACAGUAUUUUCAUGUUACUACCAUGCAAGUGGUUUGCUACCUGAAAAUUUCAAGUCAAUGUUGAAGGAUGUGGCACUUCUAAUAAGCACUUCUGAAUGAAUCAUCUUUCUUAGCAGCUACCUAGUAGUACUCCUGUAAUGUAAAGUAUCCGUGCACCAGUGUGCUCAAUUCAGUGGACUGUGGGCUUGUCAUUUUACAAGUUUUAAUCUUUGGAAUCCCAACUUAGAUGAUUCUUGUCACUUCCAUUAACUUCGCUUGCCUUCCAGAAACAUUGAGAACCAUGAACAGAUUAAAAAAAAAAUGCUUUGAUGCUGUAAUUUAUUGAACAAGAUAUAAUUUAGAUGUAGCCCAUUUUGUACUAGUCAAAUGCAAUAAUAACAGGAGUAGCUUAUUGCACUGGCCCUAACUACAAUUAUCUGUAUGGCUGCCAUUUAUCUGUGGCAGGGCUAUGCAAGAUACUUACUGUAUCCUUGGUACCAGUACUCAACACCCCUAAAGACUGUAUUUUGGUACCGAUGCAAGAUACAGAUGCAAAAUUCUGUUCUGAUACUAUUGCCAGUAAUUCAGUUAUUUUUAUGCACUUUGACACAUCGACAUAAUCACUGAACAAGGGACAUUCAAGGCAAGGUUUUGUUCAUAGGACCUUUUGAUGAAGCGAUUACUGGGUUUAGUUAUUUCUGUUGUACUUUCAGCUAUUGUGUUGGUAGCAACACCAAACAAUGUUACUUUGGUUCACUAAAAAUUAAGUUCAGUUUCACUAGAGCUUUUUAGCAGAAUAUUUUCUGUUCCCCACUCUGCUCGUGUACACCCUCUGCGCCCCAGCGGUUGAAUGGAGGAAGAACAGGUUUUAGAGGUUUUAGCUGAGCAUUCAACCCUGCGGCAGACCUGCAGUCACUUACUGCACCAUGAGGUGUUAGACAACAAGUAUAUAGCAUAUCAGUGCCAAGCAAUGUAUAUUUCUUACUGUUGCAAUUUUUCUAGGAUAUUCAGCAAAAGCUUUCACAUUUUUUUUUUUUUUUUUACAUCGCUUCUAAACAAGUGUGCAUUAUCAAAUUAGGCUGCGCAUGAGCCAAGUCGAAGGCGCUUGACAUGCCAUUUGUGCGCUUGUCACCAAAUCAUCAUAUUCACAGCUGUGCUUUUGACGCCGAGUUUUUGCCCUGAUCUCGUCUGGUUAGGCACUGCGUGAAAGAUGCAGAGCGUCUUCCGAGCAUAUCAGCAGACCUGCGACGAUGGUGGCAGCCAUUUUGUAUUUUCAUCUGUCUGCGCGCCACGCUUGCGCACUCAAUAUCCAGCGAGCUCUUUAGCGAAACGGAGGCGCCCAUCCGCUCACGUACUCGCACCUGAGCGUUCAGUGCAUGCGCACUUGAGCUGCUGCUCGCUGGUUGAGAAAAGCGGGGUACAGGAAAUGUUCUGCUGAUAUAGUCUAUUAGAAAUCACAUGUUUUGUAAAACAAGAGCACUGAAAACCCUUCUACACUGAGCCAGCACUUCAAAAUAGCACCUUGAAAGAAAACAGGAGUUUAGACACUAGACCAAAGUGCAUGAGUGGAACGAGAUUACUUCUAUUAUUAACACUGUGUUUUUGUGCCGAUCCUUGAGGUACAUCAGUGCCUCCUUAGCUAAGCAGUGGACAUCAACAUUUAAGAUAUGAAAUAUCUCUGAAGCCAACCUGUUCACUGCAGCUCUACCUGAUAGAAUGGCAACUUUAAAACUGUAAACAAAGUAAAAUGAUGACACAUUGCAAAUUCAUCUGUACUAGGCACGAUCAUUGUUUCCACAUGUUUCCUGCUGUGUGAUCUGUGUGAAUGAGUCAACAUUUGAAAGACGUGAAAUUUUCUGAUUGUGGCAGUCAGAAAGUUCAGUGCAACUUCAUUGUGACAUGAACAAUGCAGGGAACAGGUUCUGUUGCUGUUGAGGAACAUGUUAAGCAUGAAAGGUAUCACUUGUCACUGUAGUUAGAAAGAAAAAAAAGUGCUAUGCUGAUGAGCAUGCUUACUGCAUGGAUGAUUUGGCAAUAGAAAACAUGAUGCAAGUGAAGCAGGACAUGGUUACACAGACAGGACGAAUACAGAGGAAUCAUGACACAGACACGUUUGCAAGAUGAGCACAAUGUCCUCUCUCUAUACCAUGCAUUGUUUACAUGGCAGUCCCUAUUACUGAACAUGAACUGAACAGCCGAAAAGGCAUUUUUAUUUAUGUGCUGCUGAUGAUCAUAUGAGUUUUUUGGCGCAAGGGCCAGGGAUGGCCUAAGAAUGGCAUUUGAUACGCUGGACAUGAUUGCUCAUACUGUUUACAAUUGUUUGUUGUUGAGCAAAAAUAUAUGUGAUCUCGAUUGUUCUCGUGGUAGCCCAUUUUUGCCAAGACAGGAUAUUUGUGAAUUCGUGAGAACUCCUUUGAAAAAGAUAUUUUGAAAUAUUGCAGCUGCGCAUUACUGGAAAAAUCAAGUAUUUUUGGCAUAGUAGUUGGUACCCAAAAAUUCAUUCUUAGCACUUCAAAUAGUUUGAUCUAUAUUGACACUUACAACCAAUAUGUUUUACAAUAUAUCUUAAUGAGGCAAAAUCUACUCCUAGAGGUACUGUCUGAGGUACUGUCUGUAGUACUGUUCAGUCCUUGACAUGGGGUGACAACAUAUUGUUUUAACCUUGCAGAUUGUAUAGAAGGUGUGGCAUUUAAUCAGCCAGAAAGUUUGGUCUAUUUUAUACAAAUAAAAGUUAGCAGGUUCUUUAAAACUUAAAAAAGACUGGUCACAUAUUGUAACUUAAUUAUCAUUUAACAAGACUUUAAAAGAAGUCAGCAAGGAUUUAUUUAUCACACUUCCAUAAUGUGCAAGGGUUCUUUAGAGUUGCAUUUAAUCUUUUUGUCUAUUUGCUAUCCUUCAUUGGCUCAAAAUUUAUCAGUCGCCCACUGAAGCUUUUGUUAGAGUGGUCGUCUAAGUUUCAUCCAUUUCUAGUCUCGCUAUCCAUCAUUCCAAUUUCUCCUUCUAUAUUGUUUUUGUUUUACUAUUCCAAGUGGCCAGAAUGUGUCUUGUUGUUGUUCUUGAUCUUUUAAGAGUGUCGUUCAGAACAACAAGCUUUUAAAUUAAAUUAAAAGAAGCUUUAAAUUAAAUGUGUAAUGUAACAAGAGAGUAUACCUACACCGCAUUGCUCCAGGCAAGCUGUGCUGAGCUCAUCAAAAGUAUGCAAAUUAAUGAAUGUUACCAAUGAAACAAAAUUGUGAAGAACCCAUGGGGAACAAUAUUGACUGGUAGGGGGCGAGUGAAUGGUUGAAUUUUCAAGUGAAAUGAUAAUGAAUACUAAAGAGCACGGGCUUUCAGAUAUCAGGUUGUACCAAAUAUUUUAGCAUAUCAAAAACAAACUUGGAGCUGGUAAAGGAUAAGAAAGAACAAGGGAAGUGCUGUUUUUUUUUUUUUAUUAGUACAUGUAAUGCCGUUUGCAAGUGCAAGUCCGCUCAAUCAAGCUUGCAAAUAAGCAAGAGUAAAAUGUCACUAGACUUUGUCUGAUCAUUAUGCUGACUGUAAUUGAACAAAGGAACAUCAUGCAAGUGUAUGCACAUAAAACAAUUAAGCUUGUUGUCUGGUAUUGCAACUUUUUGCAACUUUAAGCUUUUUUUCAUUUGGAAAAGAAGCUUGAUAUUUUUACAAUGCCAUGCAUCACGUUAGUAAUGCAGACAUGUAGAGUUGCACGAAGAGAACAAAACUUCAUAUUACAUAAAUGGCAGAUGACAACAGGAUAGAAAAUCAGGCGUGUUGGUAUAGCUUCAUGGUUGCAACAGUGUAACUAGACACGGACUGAGUAAAAGGAGGGGACAAGGGAAGUGCACUGUGUCCUCUUUUUACUCAGUCCACGUCUAGUCGCACUGUUGCAACCAUGACAGAUGACAGGUUCGAAAGCUGCUGAAGGACAAAGCAAUUUAGUUUUUCAUAUAAAUGGCAAAAGGGAAAAAAAUAUUAUUUGGAGGCUAGAACAGCUACACCCUUUGAGCUUUGCUGUAGUAGAUAAUAAUAAUUCAUUAAAACUGGAGGUGUUUUGGCUAAGUUGGCUAAACAUAGGUUAAAGCCUUCAGUAUAUAGUUUUGAAAUGCAUUGCCCUUUGCCCAAGUGUGGCAGGCUCAAAGAAUCAUAAUAACCUCUGUGUAAUCGGCUGUGACUGGGUAUUCAAAGAAGCUGAAUAUUGAAUUCUGCAGCUGAAAUAUGCAAUUUGUAUAUGAAAUUUUGUGCAACAUUCUCACAUCCCUGCCAAUGAGGUUUUAUUCUUUUUUGGUCAAGCUUGUUUUUGUGAGAAAGCAAAGGCAUUUCAAUGCAUAUUUUUUAAUCUUUAUGUGGUAGGAUAAGCUUUUGGGUAUCAAAAGCAAGUGUCCAGAUGUCGCUGAAGAAGAGAACAGCAUUCCGAGUUGAAGAAUUAUUAAUGCAGAAAUUUAUAAUUUCAGUAUGUCUAAUGUCUCGUUAAAUGUGGGUAGUUAUUGUUUCUGUUAUAAUGUGGCUGCAGUCCCCUGAAGAAUAACUCUUCAGCUCUUCUAGGUCACUACAACAAUGUACAAAUUAUGUGUCAUAUGAUGUGCAAACUGAACAAAUGUUUUCAACCUACUUGCACAAUAUUUGCUAUUCUUCAAGCGUGUAAUGGUUGUGCUAGAUCACAAGAGUCUGCCAUCAUAAGCAAAAUUGGUCCAGGACAAGUUUAGAGGCCAGGGAGCCAGUUUGCAAGUUAGUCUUUCAAAUUAAAAGAAAAAAAGAAAGUGAUUGCUUGGAGACAUGAUUUUGCAAAUUAAAAGUGGUUUGCUAUCCUUGGUGUGGUUGCACCUUGACUUUACACAAGUUCCAGAUUUGUUGAGCAAGCGAAGAUAGAGCUGACAAUGGAACAGAAAAAUGGCAUUAGUGAUCUUUCAAUUGUUCUUUACUGCAAAUGCUUAUUCUUGAUGCUAGCAAAAAAAAAAAAAAAAGAGAGAGAGAGAGAGAGAGAGAAGCAGCAAGUGUGACACAAUUCCAGAGGUACAAAUGUGCCACCAUAUUGAAGGUCUUCGGGCUGUUCUCCCUUCCAUUCCAUCAAAUUGUGGUUGGCCUUGAUUUUGGGUCAACAAGCAGCAGCAGGCGUACCAUAAUAUCCUGCUUUAAUGAGGUUCUUUGCCCCGAUUUUGGUAAAUCUGUUUCCUUGUACUUGGAUAACAAUGUCUGUUUUAUUUUUGUGCUCUUUUUCCUUGUAAUUCUUCUAUGCAACCAAAAACGAUUUUCUUUUUGGCUGCGUUAUAUGCAGAUCAUUUUUUUUUUCUUCUUAUCAUGGCCCUAAAAUUGCCCCUUGCAUUAUAUUUGUGUUCGUAUUGAAUUUCAUGAUAGUGUGGCUCAGCGAAAAUUGCACUUGCUUCUGGAAAAGAAAAUUUUCAUGAAAUGUUUCGCAGCUCAGCAUAUUUGCCGUAUUGUGGUGUAAACAACUUAGCUGCUCCCUGGUGGCACAUGUUGAAAGACAAAGGGCCAAAUGUGAGUGAUGCCGCUCUUUAUUUCCCUGUGCCCUCUAAGCUUGACCUGGCAUUUUAUCCUUCUGGUGGGGCAUCAAUGUCCUUAAGACUUGCAGAGAAAUACCAUGUGCCUUGACUGCCUCAAGAGAUCAAUGAUCAUUGUUGGCAUUGAUUUGCUAUUCUUCUACUCAACAUUCCGAAAUGCUUGUUGGUCAUCGUUAUCAGCAUACGUGCACAGCCAUAAAAAUGUGUAUGUGCGUGUUCUUUUUUUUUUUUAUAGUUAGAAAAAGUGUUACAUUUAGUCUUUCGUGGCAUAUCCCGUUCCAUUGUAAAGUGAUCCAGAAUGAUGUAGUACACUACUGUAGUGCUUAUGUACAAGAAAAGAAGGAUCAUAUCCUUGUUAUGUAGGCAGGAGAUGUUCUGGAAGCAUUUUUUUUUUUUUUUGUGAUUGUAAAGCUAUUACGUUAAGCUGUUAGUUGUGACUGUGCAGUUUGUCUAGUCAUCCACUUUCAUAAGUCAUUGUUCAUUCCAUCUAAAACUUCAAUGGACAGCUGUUUAAGUAAAUUGUAUCUGUGUAUAUACUUGUGCAUAAUAUUUAGGCAUGUGGGCAGUGACAGCUUGUUUUGUAUUUUUCAUGUUUCAAGGUAGCAGUCCGUUAGUGCUUCUUGGUAAGGGUAUUUAGUACAUUUUUAGCCUCUGCUUACCUCGUAUUUUGGACAUUAUUAAAAGCAUUUACACA